AGCAUCUCAGAGGGAAGCUACUUUGCCAGUCACUUCAUCAUGGGAGGUGAGAAGUUCGACUCUACACACCCUGAAGGCUACCUCUUUGGGGAGAACAGUGACCUCAACUUUCUUGGGAACAGACCUGUACCAUUUCCAUAUGCAGCCCCACCUCCCCAGGAGCCAGUGAAAACUUUGAGGAGCCUGAUCAACAUCCGCAAGGACACACUGCGUUUAGUCAAGUGCACAGAGGAAGUGAAGACACCAGGAGAAGAAGUCAGCAAAGCAAAAGUCCAUUAUAAUGUGGAGUUCACAUUUGACACAGAUGCACGGGUGGCCAUAACCAUUUAUUAUCAAGCCACUGAAGAAUUCCAGAAUGGAGUGGUGAGUUACAUCCCCAAGGAAAGCAGUUUACACUCUGAGACGGUCCAUUACAAGCGAGGUGUAUGCCAGCAGUUCUGUUUGCCUUCCCAUACUAUUGAUCCCUCAGAGUGGACUGAAGAAGAGCUGAGCUUUGAUCUGGACCGUGAAGUUUAUCCCAUGGUGGUUCUUGCAGUGGUAGACGAGGGAGAUGAGCAUAUGGGUCACUGCCAUGUAUUGCUGGCAACUUUUGAGAAGCAUGCAGAUGGCGGCUUUUGUGUGAAACCCCUCAAACAAAAGCAAGUGGUCGAUGGAGUGAGCUAUCUCCUUCAGGAAAUUUAUGGGAUAGAAAACAAAUACAACACACAGGAUUCAAAGGUGGCAGAGGAUGAGGUGAGUGACAAUAGUGCAGAGUGUGUAGUCUGCCUCUCCGAUGUCCGGGACACCUUGAUCUUACCUUGCCGCCAUCUCUGUCUCUGCAAUACCUGUGCUGACACCUUGCGCUAUCAAGCUAACAAUUGUCCCAUCUGUAGAUUGCCAUUUCGGGCCUUGCUACAGAUCAGAGCUAUGAGAAAAAAAAUGGGACCCCUUUCUCCCACCAACUUCAACCCUAUCAUUGCAUCCCAGACAUCAGACUCAGAGGAACACUCAUCUUCAGAAAACAUCCCCCCUGGCUAUGAAGUGGUCUCCUUGCUGGAAGCUCUUAAUGGUCCUCUCACUCCAUCCCCAGCAGCCCUUCCACUCCAUGUGCUUGGGGACAGCCAUGUGUCAGGCAUGCUACCCUCCUAUGGCAGUGACAGCCAUUUGCCUCCCAUUCGAACACUGUCUUCCCUUGAACGCUUGUCAGAUUGUGGCAAUCAAGGACCUAAGUUGAAGAAGAGCCUGUCUAAGUCAAUCUCACAGAAUUCUACGGUAUUACAUGAAGAAGAAGAUAAGACUUGUAGUGAAUCUGAAGUCAGGAUUUCCAGGAGGAAGUCUCCCUGCCCUCAUGAAGAGGAAUGUGGUGUGACACCUGAGAGUGAAAAUCUCACCUUAUCCUCCUCAGGAGCAAUAGAUCAGUCUUCAUGCACAGGAACACCUCUUUCUUCUACCAUUUCUUCCCCAGAAGAUCCUGUUAGUAGCAGUCUGGCUCAGUCAGUCAUGUCCAUGGCCUCCUCCCAAAGCCAGCACUCCGAAAUCAGCACAGAUACCAUGUCUUCCAUGUCAGGCUCCUAUGUAGCCCCUGGCACUGAAGAAGAUGGAGACAUGGCUGCAUCCCCUGCUGUUGUCAGUGAGGUACCUUCAGAAGGAGAUUCAACCCCUGUUGAGUCUCCCGAUGCAAAUUUUGUCAGUAUCUCAGCAGAGGAGCGAGAUGCAGAGGGGAAUGACGUCAUGGAGGAAGAUGAUGCCUCUCCCACACAGGAAGAUGGCCAAAGGACAGGCGCAUACCUAGGUAUGGAGUGUGACAAUAACAAUGACAUUGGCAACGCAAGCGUGAAAGUUCUGGACAAUAAGGUGUGCUCUGAGGCCCGCUUACCUGAUCUUCCAACGUCAGCUGACAACUCUCCGAACCAUGGCCAGAGGCUGAGACACCACUUCUCUGAUAAUGUUGACGUGGAGUUUGCUGAAGAUAUGCAGUCCUUUUUCUCUCAGGGACGAAGGCCAAGUUUCAUGCACCCCUCCCAGCCAGCUUUUGUUUUUGUGAAAACAGAAAUUGCCAGAUGCAGAAAUUGUGCCCAUCUGAAAGACGAUGAGCAGACAGUGGGAGCAGAUAAGCAAGCGGAACCUCACUCAGGACUGCAGUUAUAUUUGACACCGGGCUACGAAGGAUGAAGCCCUCUGGAUACACUUGUGUGCACCUCAACGACAAUGAUGCAAUAUGUAUUUAGGAUUGCAUGACUCUGUUAAAGAGUGAAUAAAACUGU